CCCUUGGGAUUAAAUAAGAUAGCCGUGAGGGCUAAUGAUUCCAGAAUCGAACCAUGCUCAAGACCUCUACACUCGAAAAACUCAGAUUACCAACCACCACCAUGGACGACAUUGCUAUCGUUGGUCUCUCGAUCAAAUUCCCGGGAGAUGCUGAGACGGCCGAGUCCUUCUGGUCGAUGCUCCUGGAAAAACAGUGCGCGAUGGAAGAAUGGCCGAAGGACAGGUUCAACCUGGAAGCCUUCGCCAAUCCAAAGUCCAAGGGUUUCGUAUCCGGUGCCCAUUUCAUGAAGGAGGAUUGUGGACUCUUUGAUGCUUCCUUUUUCGGGGUGUCGGGAACGGAAGCAUGCGCCAUGGACCCUCAGGCCCGCCUCUUGCUGGAAGCUGCCUACCGGGCACUGGAGAACGGUAUCACUUCCAUUGGCCAAUCUUCCGGCAUGCCCAUCGAAAAACUUAGCGGAUCAAAGACGGCCGUCUUCAAUGGCUGUAUGGCAGACGACUACCGACAUAUCAUCACGCAUGAUCCGGAUUUCAUGCCCAAAUACACUGCGGUGGGCUCCACCGCCUGUAUGCUUGCCAAUCGCCUGAGUUGGUUCUUCAACUUCCGGGGACCGUCCGUGAACUUGGACUCGGCGUGUUCCAGUAGCCUGAUGGCAUUGGAUCUGGCGUGCCAAAGCCUGCGAAAUGGUGACUCGGACAUGGCCCUUGUGACCGGGUGCAACAUUAUCAUUGGCAUUGAACCCAUUGUCUCGUUGAUCAAGAUGGGCUUUACAUCCCCCGACGGGCGCUGCUUCAGCUUCGAUGCUCGGGCGAACGGGUACGGUCGAGGCGAGGGGGUUGGGGUUGUCGUCAUCAAACGGGUUGGCGAUGCCAUCCGUGACGGAGACACCAUUCGGGCCGUGAUCCGGUCCACUGGGUCGAAUCAGGACGGGCAUACCCCGGGUCUGACGCAGCCCAGUAAAGAUGCCCAAGCCCACUUGAUCUUAGACACCUAUGAGAAGGCCGGUUUAGACCUCUCUCUCACGAGAUAUUUCGAAGCACAUGGGACGGGUACUGCUAUAGGAGAUCCCAUCGAGGCAGAGGCGGUUGGCAGUGUUUUCCGCACGCUCCGGUCGCCAGAAGAUCCCCUCUACAUAGGUGCAGUCAAAUCCAAUAUUGGCCACCUAGAAGGGGGAAGCGGCAUAGCUGGCAUUGUCAAAGCCGUCAUGGUACUCGAAAAUGGGCUCAUCCCGCCGAAUGCCAAUUUCGAGCAUCUGAAUCCCAAUAUCGAUGCCGAGUUUUACAAUCUCAGGAUCCCCACCGAGAUCAUUCCAUGGCCGUCCCAAGGUCUGCGGCGUGCAUCGGUCGCUUCUUUUGGGUUCGGGGGAUCGAACUCACAUGCCAUUCUCGAAGAUGCCUAUCACUAUUUGCAACAGCGAGGAAUCUCUAGAGCUCACUGCUUACCCCCAGCUCCAAGCAAUCCGGCCGCUGUAAUUUUCUUGCUCUCCGCAGAUGACGAAGGGGGCAUCCAGCGACUAGUCGCAGCCUACACGGCAUUCUUCAAAAGCCUCACACUCGAGAAGAGGGACGAGCAGCCGUUUUUGAAACAACUCGCGAGGACCUUGACAACGAGGCGGAGCCAGCUUAAAUGGAAGGCAUUUGCUGUCGCGGAUUCACUGGCUACCUUGCAGAAUAUCCAGGCUGUUAUCUCACAGCCAGUCAGAGCUGGUAGUUCUCUCGGCCUCGGCUAUAUCUUUACAGGGCAAGGGGCCCAGUACUACAGGAUGGGGGUGGAGCUAUUGUGCUUCCCGGCUUUUCGGGAGACCAUGGAGCAUUGUCAACGUGCAUUUCACAGUUUCGGUUGCUCGUGGUCUAUACUUGAGCGCCUCAAUGGCGUGGAAAGCGAAUUCGAUAUAAGCGACCCCGAAUAUGCACAACCGAUGACGACAGCACUGCAGAUCUCUCUGGUGGAGCUACUCACAUCCAUGGGAAUGAAGCCUCGAAUUGUCAUCGGACAUUCUUCCGGUGAGAUCGCUGCAGCGUAUGCUACAGGUGGGCUGUCCUUGGAAUCCGCCUGUAAAGUCUCCUACUACCGAGGGGCUCUCGCCAGUCGCCUCCGCCGCGCGGAUGGCAGCGGCGCCAUGUUGGCUGUGAACCUCUCCGAGACCGCCGUCGAGCCGUAUCUCGACCGCGUAACGUCCGCAAUGCCGGGACAGGCUAUAUCGAUCUCAUGCAUCAACAGCCCGUCCAAUGUGACCAUAUCCGGUCAUUCGGAAGCUAUUGACCGGCUCAAGUCGAUUCUUGAGGCCGAGCAGAUUCUGUCGCACCGCCUUCGGACGGGGGUCGCAUAUCACAGCCCCCAGAUGGAGCAGGUCGCAGCAGAGUACGAACAAGCCUUGACUGACCUCACUAUGCAAGAGAAGGGCCUGGCACAAACGACGUCGAUGAUUUCCUCUGUCACCGGGCAAACGGUCGACGGUCUGGGCGUCCUGUCCACUGGCACUUACUGGGUGGACAACAUGACCCAGCCCGUUCGGUUCUCUGCAGCCAUGGCCAACGCUCUCUCCGGGUCAGCUAAGAAGGAGCAACGCCAUAAGCGAUUGGGGGCAUCCAAAAAACACAUCAUCAGUGACUGGCUGGAGAUUGGGCCUCAUUGCGCGCUGAAACGGCCCUUUUGUCAGCUGGUGGAAUCAAGUGAGCGCGAAAGAGAGGUUCGGUACUGCAGCAUCUUGGACCGCCAUCUGCCAGCCAUCGCGUCCGUGCAACGCACGGUGGGAAGCCUCUUCGUCCAUGGUCAUAGCGUCCUUCUGGAGGAAGUAAACCAGUGCCAGACGGACGGAACCGGCUUCGAGAAUCUUUUGACCAAGCUCCCUGAAUACCCGUUCAAUCACACUAAGCGGUACUGGUAUGAAAGGGAAGCGACCAGGAAUGUACGAGUUCGAUCGCACCCGAAGCUCGAUUUGAUAGGGGUCCCUACCCCCGAGUCAACGCCAUCCCAGAGCAAGUGGCGGAAGGUCUUUGACGCCAGCGACAGUCCGUGGCUGUUGGAUCAUGCCGUGAACGGAAAGGCGAUCUAUCCGGCCACUGGAAUGAUCGUCAUGGCCAUCGAGGGGGCCCGACAACUCGCGGACCAGGGACGACCAGUCGCGGGAUACUUUCUACAUGAUGCUCUCUUUCUCAAUCCCAUUUCGAUCCGGACGAUCGAGCCCACCGAAACCCAUUUGCAUAUGACCCCUACACGUUCUCGUAUGGAUCAUUCGUCGCAUGCAUAUGAGUUCCAGAUCUACUCUGCAGCGGGAGACCGGUGGCAGUUGAAUUGCCGGGGACAGAUAUCCGUCCAGUAUCAAACCACAACAGAUGCCGUGGCAUCUACAGAAGGGGGCAGUGCCAGCCUUCAUCUUCAUUCCCGACGGGAAGCGGACUACUAUGAAGAGAGGUGGGCAGCUGCCCAGCGUGAGUGCCUCAUUUCCGUGUCCAAGGACAAGAUCUAUACGGCGUUCGAGGGCAAUGGGCUACAGUAUGGUCCAUCAUUCCAAGUGCUGGAUGACCUCCAUUGGGAUGGCUGCAGCACCUCCAUAGGAUACGUCACGCCAUUCCAGUGGAGCAUGGAAGAGUCACACAGCCCUUCAGAUCCCCAUGUGGUCCAUCCGGCGACCCUCGACGGUCUCGGUCAGCUGGGAUGGGUGGCUCUGACACACGGUGGUCAAAGCUCGGUCACCACCGGCCUUGUCUCGACGCGUGUGCGCGAAGCGUGGAUCUCAAACGCAGGAGCUUCGUCCUCGGACACCGCGGCCCUUCGAGCCGUUGCUCAGAGCCGCUUCAAAGGCUUGCGCGGGACUGACACCUCCGUCUUUGCCCUGGACAGCAUGGGACAGCUGCGAUUGUGGAUCUCCGGGAUGGAGACCACGUCGAUGUCCGGUAAUAAUGUCCAGGUACUUGACUCGGAGCGCAGGGACCUGUGCUAUUCGCUCAGCUGGAAGCCUGAUCCCACAUUCCUCACCCCACAGCAGCUGCAGUCCUGCUGCAAGGCCCCGCGCGAAGCUCGGCAUGCAGACCUUGGCCGACACCUGGAUCGCUUGCUUUCAUCCUAUGUGCAGAAAGCCGUACGUGCGGUCAGUGAGCGUCGGGGUACAGAGCUCCCCAGUCAUCUUCGAGAAUAUGUGGCCUGGCUGGACCGGAUGCUGGAGAAAUCUGCCCCUCUGUCAGCAGACACCAUCCCGCAGGAUGAGACCGAGAUCUCCGCCCUCGAAGGGCAGGUCAUGAAAUUGAGUCCACUGGGGAAUCUCUAUGUCACAGUCAGCAAACAACUGGAUGCCAUCCUCGACGGGAGCACCGAGCCACAGAGCUUACUCGGGAGCGACGAUAGACUUCUAACGGAGUAUCGUCGUGUCUUGUUCAGUCAGCUGUGGGAACAGAACGAGCUGACCAACUAUAUUGACGUGUUGACCCACAAAAGUCCCCAGAUGCGCAUACUCGAGGUCGGCACGGGGUCCGGGGCAAUGACCCAGCAGAUACUUAACAGCCUCUCGCGUCGUGGCGAAGAUGGAUCCGAGACUUAUCGGUUUGCACACUAUGACUGUACAGGCAUAUCAAACACUCAUGUCGAACAAGCGCAGGCGCGGCUCGGGGCACUGGGGCCGCGUGUCACAUUCAAAACCCUGGAUGUGGAGCGUGAUCCGGCCGCGCAAGGAUUCCAUGUGGGAAGCUAUGACCUUGUUAUUACGGCAUGGCUAUCACAUGGUACGCGACACAUCGGCCCUAGCCUCCACCAUAUCCGGAGGUUGCUUAAGCCGGGCGGGAAGCUGCUUUUGGUCGAGUCGCCAGGAGCAUACACUCUGAGAGACGGCUUCAUCCUGGGUGCUCUCGUGGAAUCGUGGUUAGCAGAUGGAUCAACUCCCGAGCGCAACCUUGAUUAUCCAGAGAGCAACUGGUCCGAGGCGCUGAGUGCACAAGGUUUUAAUGGGCUCGAUGCCUUGUUCCGGGACGAUCUUGGAUCCUGCCUGAUGGUUGCCACGGCCGGAGGGGCCGCUGAGAAGAACCACUCGGCCAGGCCCAUUGUCUUUGUCGUCCACCCAGACUCGCGCAUGCAAUCCCAUCUGGUUUAUCUGCUGAUGGAACUGGGACGUGAAAGGGAAACAGGAUUUGAUACGUGCUCGAUAUGGGAUAUCAACACCAUCGACCUGUGCAAAAGCCCCCUUGUGGUAUUCCUACCAGAACUAGAGCAACCACUCCUGGUUGAUCUAGACGGGGCCAUGUUCAGCAAAUUACAACACUUUCUGUGUAAAGCACUGGACAUCGUAUGGAUCACAGCGGCAAGUCACGGCUCUCCCCUAUCCCCUGAGACUUACGUCGUCGAUGGCUUGGCCAGGACUCUGUGCACCGAGAACAAUCGCUUGUCAAUGGUCACCGUGCACUUGGAAGACCACCGGGCCCAACCUCAGAUAUGGGCACGGCAUAUUGAUUGCAUCCUGGGGGAUAGGCUUCGGGCGAACGGAAAGGCGAGCGAGCUUCAAUACCGAGAGCAGCAGGGAAUGCUUCACAUCGCGCGCGUGGAUGCUGCCGAGCCUCUUAAUGAGGCCCUCUUCGAGCAAACCCAAGCUCCUCCGCGGAUGAGGCCGCUGCAUCCAGACACCCCCUGGACAUGCGCCAUCACCACUCCAGGCUCCGUGGACAGCACGUCCAUGAUCUUCCUCGAGGAUUUGGAGGUCCAGGAUCAGCCGAUAGGCAGGGACGAGAUCGAAAUCGAUGUCCAUUCGGUAGGGGUAAACUUCCGUGACGUAUUUGUUCUGCUGGGAAAAUUGAACGAUGGUCACAGUCUGGGGUGCGAGUGCGCAGGCAUCGUGACGCGUGUCGGCUCCGCAUGCCCCGACUUCCAGCCCGGGGAUCGAGUUUGCGCCGUCAUUCUGGGCUGCUUGCGAACCCGGGCACGCUGUAACUACCGACUAGCUGCCAAGGUCCCUGAGACGAUUUCUUUGGCGGUCGCAUGUGCCAUUCCACUUGGUGGCGUAACCAUCCACCAUUCGCUGGUGGUAGUCGCUCGGCUUCGGCCAGGUGAAUCUGUCCUUAUCCACUCCGGGGCCGGGGGUACCGGCCAGAUGGCCAUCCAGCUGGCCCAGUCGAUAGGGGCCAGAGUCUUCGUCACCGUCGGCUCGGACGAAAAGCGAGAUCUGGUCAAAGAUCUCUACGGGAUUCCUGACGAGCAAGUACUCUUCAGCAGGGAUACAUCAUUCCAGCGUCACAUCAUGCGCCUCACCAACAACCAGGGAGUGGAUGUGGUGCUCAAUUCCCUCGCCGGCGAUGGUCUCGUGGCCUCGUGGGAGUGCAUUGCCCCGUACGGCCGGUUUGUUGAACUGGGCAAGUCGGACAUUCAAUCCAAUUCCAGCCUCUCGAUGAUCAAAUUCGGCCGCAAUGUGUCGUUCUCCGCGGUGGCAAUCGACCAGAUGCCCGAAGAUAGACCAGCACUCAUCCAGGAGUCAUUGGUGCCAGUGAUGGAGAUGGUGCGCUCUGGGACGCUGACACAUGCCAGGCCGCUCCAGGAAUUCUCCAUCGGCGCGGCGGUGGAUGCUUUCCGAUUGAUGCAGAGUGGGCGGAAUACUGGCAAGUUGGUCAUCAACUUGAAUUCCACAGACCUCGUCCGGACAUCUCUUCGGCAUCUUCCUUCGUACUCUUUCCCGGCAGAGGCAACCUAUGUGAUCGCCGGGGGCCUCGGCGGACUAGGACGAAGUGCCGCUCGAUGGAUGGCAUCAAUGGGAGCAAAGAAUUUGAUUCUGCUAUCGCGCUCUGGUCCUCAGUCAGUGGCAGCCCAGGCGCUCGUCCGCGAGUUGACCGAGCGAGGUGUUGAGGUCAGGGCUCCCAAAUGCGAUGCCACCAUCCCGGCUGCCUUGGCUAGUGCUCUGGAACACUGCAAUGAUCUGCCUCCCAUUCGGGGGUGCAUUCAAGCGACGAUGGUUCUACAGGAUACGAUAUUCGAAAGUCUCACCUUCGACCAGUGGAAUACGACGCUCCAAUCCAAGGUGCAGAGCACGCAGAACCUACAUACUCUCCUCCCCACGGACCUCGACUUCUUCAUCCUCCUAUCCUCUCUCGCCGGCAUCAUCGGCACCGUCUCCCAGGCCAACUAUGCCGCGGGCAACACUUUUCAAGAUGCAUUCGCCGCCUAUCGACGGUCCCUCGGCCAGCGCGCCAUCUCGCUCAACCUCGGGUGGAUGCGAGAAGUCGGCAUCGUCGCUGAACAAGAAAAAUACAUGUCUCGUGUGGACAAGGUCUCGGCUAUGGCGCAAAUCAACGAGAAUGAAUUCCUGGGUCUACUAGAGCGAUGUUGCGACCCCGCCGUGAACCAGGGCGGGCCGUUGGAUCCACGCCUUUCCUCCACCACCAGUACUCUCAUAUCCACUUACCCCCAAAUCCUGGUCGGCCUCAUCACCCCCGCCCAGCUGCGCGCGCAUGGCCUCGAACCCCCCGACUGGCUCCUCGAGCGCAGCAUGUUCCAAUCUCUGCCGCAAGACCUGCCACUUGACGCCAAUCUCACCCUGUCUGCUGACUCCAGCGCCGCCUCUGACACGUCCACCAGCGCCUGGCACCGCGCGCUGAGGCAAGCAAGUUCGGCUACCGCGGCCACAACCGUCGUUGUGGAAGGACUGAUUCAGAAGCUGGCCCGUGCUCUGAGUCUCUCCCCUGGGGAGAUCGACCUGCAGCGCUCGCUCGCAUUGCAGGGCGUGGACUCGUUGCUGGCGGUGGAGCUGCGGCAAUGGGUAUCGCGGGCGUUUGUGGCGGAAGUGUCGGCGCUUGAUGUGACUAGUGCAGCGAGCUUGGAGGAUCUGGCGGCGUUGGUGGUUGCGGCGAGUGAGAUUAAAUUUGAUUGAGCGGUGUCUGUAGUGGAUGCAGUGAAUGGGUGCUUGUAUGGUCAUAGUUAUCAUAACUGGUUCAUCAAUGGAAACAAG